ACAAGUAUAAAAGAAGGAUUACUACUGAAGCAAACCAGCUCUUUUCAGAGGUGGAAAAAGCGUUAUUUCAAACUUCGAGGUCGUACUCUUUACUAUGCUAAGGAUUCAAAGUCUCUAAUAUUUGAUGAAGUUGACCUGUCAGAUGCCAGUGUAGCUGAAUCAAGCACAAAAAAUGUCAACAACAGCUUCACGAUAAUCACUCCAUUUAGGAGGCUAAUAUUGUGUGCUGAGAACAGAAAAGAAAUGGAGGACUGGAUAAGCUCUCUGAAGUCUGUUCAGUCCAGAGAACACUAUGAGACCGCACAGUUUAAUGUGGAACAUUUCUCAGGGAUGCAUAACUGGUACGCCUGCUCCCACGCCCGACCUACCUUCUGUAACGUGUGCAGAGAGAGCCUCUCUGGAGUCACUUCUCACGGCCUGUCUUGUGAAGUGUGUAAGUUUAAAGCACAUAAAAGAUGUGCUGUCCGAGCAACAAAUAACUGCAAAUGGACUACAUUAGCCUCAAUUGGAAAAGAUAUCAUUGAAGAUGAAGACGGUAUAGCUAUGCCUCACCAGUGGUUAGAGGGAAACCUGCCUGUCAGUGCCAAAUGCGCAGUCUGCGACAAGACUUGUGGCAGUGUUCUACGCCUGCAAGAUUGGAAGUGCCUUUGGUGUAAAGCUAUGGUUCACACGGCCUGUAAAGAUCUGUAUCCUCGAAAAUGUCCACUUGGCCAAUGUAAUGAAACCUUAUUUAUUUCAUUCUUUCUAACUAUGUUUACAGGUUUCUGGAAAGCCACAUGCCCGCCAUCCUGUGCCAGUCCUCUUUUAGUUUUUGUUAACUCAAAGAGUGGAGACAAUCAGGGAGUAAAGUUUCUUCGUCGAUUCAAACAGUCGUUAAAUCCAGCUCAGGUCUUCGAUUUAAUGAAUGGAGGACCUCACUUAGGUUUGCGAUUAUUUCAGAAGUUUGACAACUUCAGGAUCCUUGUGUGUGGUGGCGAUGGAAGCGUGGGUUGGGUCUUGUCAGAAAUUGAUAAGCUCAGCUUGCACAAGCAGUGUCAGUUGGGAGUGUUACCUCUUGGUACUGGAAAUGACCUUGCUCGUGUCCUUGGUUGGGGAGGAUCCUGUGAUGAUGAUACCCAGCUUCCUCAAAUUUUGGAAAAGCUUGAACGAGCCAGCACAAAAAUGUUAGACAGGUGGAGUAUAAUGUCAUAUGAACUGAAAUUACCAGCAAAGCCUUCUAUUCUUCCUGCGACUGCAGAAGAGUCAGAGGAGUGCCAGAUAUCUGCUUAUGAGGAUUCAGUUGCUGCUCAUCUUGCAAAAAUUCUCAAUUCUGAUCAGCAUUCAGUUGUCAUAUCAUCUGCCAAAAUAUUAUGUGAAACUGUAAAGGACUUUGUUGCCAAAAUAGGGAAGACUUACGAAAAACCAACGGAAAAUACAGAGGAAGCUGAUGCCAUGGCCAUUAAAUGCUCAGAGUUAAAUGAAAAGCUGGACCUAUUGCUCCAGGCUCUUCACACAGAAGCCCAGGCUGCUCCCAUUCUCCCAGGCAUUGCUCCUCCCAUUGUGGAAGAAGAGCCAGAGGAGUUCUCAAGUGAAGAAUCUUUGUCUGAAAGUAAAGAGCAAUUAGCAGAGUGUGUCUCAAAGUCUUCCCAGAAGCUCUUCAAACCAAGGGAGCAGUUAAUGCUCCGAGCAAAUAGCUUGAAGAAGGCUGUGAGGCAGAUCAUUGAACAAGCUGAAAAAGUUGUGGAUGAGCAGAAUGCUCAUAGUGAAGAACAAGUGAACCAGUCUCCAGUAGAAUACAGCAAAGAAUUGGAUGAAUCCAAAGAAGAGGAAAAAGAGGAAGACACAAAGGAACUUGAGUCUCCAUCAACUAAAACUGCACCAAGAUCUCCUGAUAGACGUACAAGCCGAGGUAUCCAUUCUCAGACAGGUUCUUUCUCCGCUCCAGCUUUGGCAGCAAGCAAGGAAAACCUCCCAGUACUUAACACGAGGAUUAUCUGCCCAGGUUUAAGGGCUGGUCUAGCUGCUUCCAUUGCAGGAAGUUCAAUUAUUAGCAAAAUGUUGCUAGCAAACAUCGAUCCAUUUGGUGCUACGCCGUUUAUUGACCCGGAUCCAGAUUCCUUGGAGGGAUAUUCAGAAAAAUGUGUCAUGAACAACUACUUUGGAAUUGGGUUAGAUGCAAAAAUUUCACUGGAAUUUAAUAAUAAGCGAGAAGAGCACCCUGAAAAAUGCAGAAGUCGAACGAAAAACAUGAUGUGGUAUGGAGUUCUUGGCACAAAAGAGCUAUUGCAGAGAACUUACAAGAACUUAGAACAAAAAGUUCAACUUGAGUGUGAUGGACAGUACAUCCCCCUUCCAAGCCUGCAAGGCAUAGCUGUGCUAAACAUUCCCAGCUAUGCUGGUGGGACUAAUUUCUGGGGUGGAACCAAAGAAGAUGAUAUAUUUGGAGCUCCAUCAUUUGAUGAUAAAAUCUUAGAAGUUGUUGCUGUGUUUGGCAGCAUGCAGAUGGCAGUGUCCAGAGUCAUCAAACUGCAGCACCACAGGAUAGCUCAGUGCCGGUCAGUAAAGAUCACCAUACUUGGUGAUGAAGGGGUUCCAGUGCAAGUCGAUGGAGAGGCAUGGAUCCAGCCCCCAGGAGUUAUUAAGAUCAUACAUAAAAACAGAGCUCAGAUGCUGACACGAGACAGAGCCUUUGAAAACACUCUGAAGUCUUGGGAGGACAAACAGAAGUAUGAUUCCUGCAAACCUGUCAUUCGAUCUCCCUUGUACCCUCAGCAAGCUGUUGAGUUGGCUACAGAAGAAGAAGUUGCACAGAUCCAGUUGUGCUCACAAGCUGCAGAAGAACUUAUCACCAGGAUCUGUGAAGCAGCAAAAGUACAUGGUCUCUUGGAGCAGGAGCUUGCUCACGCAGUUAAUGCAUGUUCACAUGCAUUAAAUAAAGCCAACCCAAGGUUUCCUGAGAGCCUUACCAGAAACACUGCCAUGGAGAUAGCUGUCAAUGUGAAGGCCUUACACAAUGAAACAGAAUCUCUGCUAGUAGGAAGAGUUCCUUUGCAGUUGGAAGCUCCCCAUGAAGAACUGUUGUCUGAUGCUUUACACAGUGUGGAAAUAGAGUUGAGAAAACUUGCUGAGAUUCCUUGGCUUUAUUAUGUUUUUCAACCAAAUGAUGAUGAGGAUCCCCCUCUGGACUAUGCUAAAAGAAACAAUAGAAGUACAGUGUUUCAUAUAGUGCCAAAGUUUAAAAAAGAAAAAAUUCAGAAGCAUAAGACCAGCCCUCAGCCUGUUCAAAAAUGGGGCACAGAUGAAGUUGCUGCUUGGCUGGAUCUGCUCAGUUUGGGAGAGUACAAAGAAAUCUUCAUCAGCCAUGACAUCCGAGGCUCUGAGCUUUUACAUCUGGAAAGGCGAGAUCUUAAGGACCUGGGGAUAACGAAAGUGGGUCAUAUGAAGCGAAUUCUCCAGGGAAUUAAAGAGCUCAGCAAGAACACCCCUUUGUCAGAAGUGUAAUUAUGCUGGUGCUUUUCUUAAAGAGAGAAGAGAAAGUUGCUGGAGAAGCAAAGCCGUUGCAGGCACUUGGCUGUCCUUGUAGUUUACUCUAUGGAAGAAUAAGCACUGGUGUUUGUACAGGCUAGCAUCUCUGAACUCUUGUGUGGUGAAGAACUCACAGCAAGAGUACGAAAGGAUUUGUGCCAAAACAAGAAGGAAAAGGUGAUACGUUCUGUGUUUUCUUGGUGUGCACAUUGGCCAGUUUGGAUAAGCCCAGUUUCGUAAAUUGAUUGGUUGAUGAUCAACUGCACUGACUGGAAAAUAUAAUCAAGAAACGAUUGCUUUGCUUACCUGCAGCUCAGUAUGCCUCUCUUUAUGCUGCAGCAAGAUGCCACAGUACAGCAUGAGGUCAUCUGGUUAUUCUUCUGAGGAGCAGGUCUGUAAAACCUCCUGUGCAGGAGACCAAGAAGUUUGGAAGGUUCAACACGUGAGCCUGGCAGUGCCGCAGGUAUCCAGCACUCGCCGGCCGUGCAGAAGAGGGGAGAGAUACCUUGUGAUACCAUGAAUGCAAACUAUAAUGCAUGGUGUGCCUGCCUGAAUUGUCUGUUGUUCUGUUGCAUGACACAUCUGAUACUUUAAACACUUGAACAACUUUUUUAUUGGUUUGAAUGAGAUUUAAUUUAUUGCUACUUGAGUGUCUUUUUUUUUUUUUCCUCCUGUUUCAGGCACUUUUCUAUUCUUCAGUGUUGUGUUAUGCCUAAAAUGUGUUCUAUGGCAAAGGGUGUGUGGGUGUGGAAACUUAGCAUUUGUGCCAUAUUCAGCAGAUUAUAUAUGAUUGAAACACUGUACAGUUAGAUUUUUAAAUAUAUCAUGUACAGAAAGUUUAUCAGGUAACUAACUUAUGAGAAUUUUUGAAAGACCGGUACCUCACAAAAAUGUCAAUUGGCUUCCUGCAUGGAAAAUGAUAAUGAAUCUUCUCAUGGUGCAUUUUAAUGUAGUUAUUCAGUUAUCUUAAACAUCUGUAGCAUAUUUGAACUUGUAGGCACUAAUGGUUUUAUUUAUUCAAUUGUUCAAAAGCAGGUUUAAAUAUUAAUGAAACUUUCUUAAAGGAAAAUUUAACUUUAUUUAUCAUACAUAAGAUAUUUAAAAUGUAGCAGCUGAUUUGAUUUUUGUGGGGUAAACUUUUACUUGUUGCUAAUUAACUAUUAAUUUAAAAAUGCAUCUGUGUGCAUUUCUUUAAAAAAGUAUCAGUUUGUUUCUUGACAGCACUCUGCCAUCAGUAGACCAUAAAAACUUAAAAAACCCCCAGACUCUAAGGUUUUAGACUAUGCAUGCUAAGAUGAAUCACAUGCUAGGUAGUAAUCCAUGAGUGUAAACAGGUUAAAAAAAUUAAAACCAUCUUUGUUCAGAAAUUGCUCUGGACCAGAGUUUGCAAGGUUAUUUACUUAAAUGAAACAGGUUCAUAAUUUAAUUUCCUGGUUAACUUUUCACAAAAGUAUUAAUCUAGUCAGAAGAUAAAUUUCAUAUGUCUACAAAAAAGUCCUACCUAAAUGUUUGAGAUGAGAUGACUUUGCACCACCUGCCAGAAACUUGCACAGAACUGCUGUCUCCUUGAUGUUCCUAGCAAUGUGUCAUUGCAGCUCAAGGAACACUUGACUUUCACUUAAUCAAGUAGCUUUGAUGUUUCUUGCACAUUAAAGAGUAUCUUAACAUCUAUUCAUGUUUUCCUCAUGGGCAGAUUUCAUUUGGUUUUUACCAAAAGUUAUUUUCUUGUAUAAAGGGGCCAAUGUCAAGUACUGCAUCCUGGUUUUGCCCUCCAUUUCUCAUGCAUAUGACAGAAGUUGUUCCAUGGCAAGUAGAUGGGACUCAUCCCUUGGAAAGUAAAAUCUAUUAUCCUCAUUGUUUUAUUGGAGAAAAAAAAAGUCAAAACAAACAAAACAGGCUUAAUUUGUAUAUUAUUGUAGUUCUUUGUGUUCUUGCUGCUGUAGGUUCAACAGACUCAACUCUGGGAGUUCUGUGAUAAUGAUAUUCUGGUAAACAAAUGAAAGUAAAAGGCUAUUUUCUAUUAAGUUUUGCAUAAAAAAAAAUCAAAAUGUCUUUGUUAAAUGGUAUGAUUUUCAGGCUGUUGUAUGAAAAACAUAUGCCAAAAAUAGAAAGUUGGGCAGACAAUGGAAAGUUUCUUGGUUUUGGUUUUAUUUUAAUGUACUUGACAUUCACCUCUUUAAUGAUGUUCAGGUGACAUCUGUCAAGUCUUUGUGAGCUUUAUUUCCUUUUCUCUCUGGCUCUCCAUAAGCUACACUAUGUUUUAACAUGUGACAACAUUUUAGCAUACUGAUGUUACAGUAGACAACAUAGCUAAUCUUCUGUCUAUUCAAGGACAUAAUACAUAGCAGAACUUUCCUUGCUUUCCUGAUUGUAAGAUACAAUCUCUUUACAACUUUCAGCCUUGCUGUCUAUAAUGCAUUAAGAUGGGUUACAGAACCAGAUCUCUUCAAGUCAAGUGUAGAGGUCUACACUGACUAUAGUAAAAAAUGGGAGCUGCUUAUGGGCAGGGAAAAUGGGAAAAUGUUGUUUGCAACAAAUUUCUUACAGCACUCCUCAAAUUACCUCACUAAAGGACAACUGAUCAAUGAUCAUUUUUCUAAAUGACCACCAAAGAAUUUAACUUUGAUUGUCCUAAGCAGUUUUUUUAAACAUGUGAGUAGGAAAAAACAAAACUGUAAGUAUCAUUUAUGCUGUAUUUAUUAGAUGCCCAGGAGAGCAAAUUUUAUGCAACUCUAUGCCUUAGACUAGUGUUGGCUAUGAAGUGCAAAUGCAUCUGACAAGGAGGCUCAAAAUAUUUUUACAGGGGUUCUCUGUGGAUGUUGUGGGUUGUAACUGUGUUUAAGUGAAGUAGCUUUUCUGAAGGCCUGAACACAGUGUUACUCUCUCAUGAUUAUUCUAAGUAUUGGGUUUUUUUCCUUACUGCUGUAAAAGUCCUAGCUCCUAGAGCUAAGUACAUAAAUAGCUAAAUUUUUUAAUGAACCAUAUUUUCUGUAAUUUGAUCCUUCCGUGAAAAGUGCUUCAAAGUAUACAUCCCAAUAUUUCAACAAAACCAAGGUAAACACAUCCCUAAAAGGAGUUAGCUUUUUAGAAAACAAGAUCCUGAGGAGCCUGAUUCAGGAUGCUAGAUAUAUCAAGACAAUCCCUAUACAAAGUUUACUGGAUUAAUUUCCUCCCCCCCAGUCAAAUACAUGUGAUUCCCUUGGUCAGUAUACAUUAAAGCCUGAAAGGAAUGCAGAGUAAUCUGCAUUUUUUUGUAGUGGCUGGUAUUCAUAUAGAUGGAAAGCUCUACACCUCAGAGAGAGAAACAUAAGAACUACACGUUUUAAAAUGUCAGCAGGUUGCUAAGUGUAUUUGCUAUUUUGUCAUUUUCAAAUAGGAUUGUCUCAGUUCAUUGUAUUUGAUUGCUGUAUCAGCCUCUGAUUUUGGUCAUGCAAAUUUUGCCUUUAUAAAGCCUCUUGCCUUCUUUUUAGAAACUGGAUGAAAUCAAGCCAGCUCACGGUUGUAGGUGUUUGGGAUGUUUUGCAAUACUUCAAAGAAAAGAAGGUUCAAAAAUAGAUGUUUUUAUAAGAUGGCAAGUGAAGAUCUUCUUUGAUACAUUUUUAUAUCGCUUCCCUUAACUGCUAUUCUUUUCUCCUGAAUGUUUCUUUCUUUCAAAGAAAAAUGCUUUGAACUUGGAAGAACAGCAAAGUGUAAAGCAUAUGAUCAAAAACCCUCACAGACUAUUUCAUUCCAGUAUUUCUUGUUUUGGGACUGGAAUUAACAUGCUUGGUCCUGUAAAUAAUAAAUAGAAAUCAUCUUUCUCUAUCCCUGCCCAAAGUAAUUAAUACUGCAAUGCCACAUCACUGUAAUUCAAAGGAGAGGUAUUGAUUUUUUUCUUCAUAAAUGUCCAUUUAGUAUUUUCCUAUGCUUUUUGCCGGGAAAUAGGUAACCUGCCAAUUUUAUUUUUUAAUUGAACUCGCUCAUGCUAUUAAUGAAAAUUUCAUAAAUCCUUGAUAAUGAACAUUGCUUCAAGGGUAAAAUUAUCAGUGUUUUUCAAUGCAUCUGGUCUUCAUUUCAGGAAGACUGGUAGGAUACCUUUUUCACAAUGUAAUGGAAAAUUAAUUUAUGAAACAAAUAUGAGAGGAUGUUCCAUAGUCCUACUUUAAAAAUAAUGUACAUGCAAGACAAAACCCCCUAUGGUGAUUCCAUUUUGCUUGAUGCUUCCUGUUAAUGAUUGCAUUAGUAGUGUUUACAGUUGUUUCUGCAGUGCUCUUUGUGCUCCUAAAUAUUAAAUUCUUGCCUAUGAUUUCAACAGUUCUGGUAAUUAAUAAUUAGCAGUGCAAAAAGGCUUUGUGAAAGGUAAAGGCACAAGGAAUGUAUCUCAGUGAGGAUAACUGAGCUGGAGCAAUUUGUUUAGCUUGCAACCAGGAAAUCAUCUUGACACUUGUAUGAGUAAGUGAGAGUCACAAAAAAAUAAAAUAAGUAAUUUUAAAUUUAUUUUUUCAUCCCAAUAACUUAAAUACCUCUCAACUGCAGCAUACUGUAUACAUUAUAAUGCAUUAUAAUGCAGUCUGUCCUGUGUUUUUGAUUCUGUUUCCAUGGAUUGCAUGUUUUGUGAUAUGAUUUUCAUAUCACAAUUUUGAUGCUGCUUAUUCUAACUGCAAAGGUUUAAUGUUUGCAAGAAUUGUACAUGACUAUAUCACUAUCUUAAGGAACAAGUUUUUGAUGACUUGAGGAAGCUGAGGAGUUUGGACAGGAUUUAGUCUUUGGGCAGGACUUAAAAUAUCUCUGCUUUAUCUUCAGAGAUGAAUGGUAACAUCAGCAGGAUUGAUAAAGCCACAUUUGGUAAUUAUCAAUAUAAAAUCUUUACUUGUUGUAUAAAUUCCUAUAUUUAUAUCUAGAGUAUAGUGUGGAAUGGAUCUUUUUACAAAAAAAAAAAAAAAUAAAUUUCUAGUUGUUUUCUACUACUGUUGCAUUAGGUUUCAUAGAUCUGUUAAGUGUUAGCUUACUUACUUGAAAUGUUUGUUUCUGCCAUACAGAAGCCCAGUCUUUUUCUCAAAAAUUAUAAUCCAUUUGGAAGCCAUCUGGAGACCUUGAGAAGAGAAUUUCUGUAGCCAGUUGGAGCUAAUACCAAAAUUCAUAGCCACUUCUGUAGGCUUUAUAGUGAUCACCUUCAAUAUUUUAACAAAAAAAAAUAUAAAAAUUAAAUGUUUGUGACUUUUUCAGUGCAUAGAAUUAAUUCUAAAACACUAUCCCCUUGUCAUAUGUAAAUGAAAAAAUAUUAUCAUUAUUAACACUUGUGCAAAAAAGCAAAAUGCUGAUGAAUACAUACCCAAGAGGAUUCCUGGACAAAUGUUAAUCCAUUUAGCUGUAGUGGUUAAAGACCUAUCACCUUCAGAACAGUCGACAGAAAAUUCAUAUGUGCACAUGGUAGAAUUACAAACAUCUGUUUUAAAUAAUUAAAGACUUGUUUCCCAGUUGACAAAAAUUUGAUAAGCUCUCUGACGGGAUUUUGAGUUCAUAUAACCUAUUUCUUUAAUUAGUGGGGCAGAAGAAGCUGGUGCCUCAUUUAUGUUUAACACCAGUCAUGCCUUUAUUAAUGUUUUUACAUUGCUUCCCAGCUCCCAGAACUGGAUGAGUUCCCAGCUUCUGGCAAGAUGAGACCCUUGUGUGUCUCUCCAUGGUUUCUCUUCAGAAAAGCUGGAUGGGCAGGCCAGGAAAAAGCUGUAGGGUGCUCAAGGAGAGCAAAAGACACCAAGAUUUCAGGCUCCAAAGUCUAGCAUAGCCAUAGGAACUAAAAUCCUGUAUGUUAUAUUUUUGCAAUCCCUGCUAGAAGCUCUGUCUAACAAUUAACAGGAGCUACAGCAUGCCCUUGGAAAGAGAAGUGUUUUGGCUAACUACCAGCUGUGUAAGACAUUGAAAACACUGAACGUUAUGGUAGCUAUUAGUAUGGCAAGUAUCCAAGUGGCCAAUGAAUAUUUUAUUCAUUGGAACAAAUACUUUGGAAAAAUAAAGUUUUUUAGUAUUAUUCAAAGACUUGUGUUAGGAUUGAAAAGCUACUGAAUAUAAAAGCAAUGUGGUACAAAGUUUAAAGUAAUUUGCAACUAUUUUUUCCCAAAUCUGGUGGAAACAACUAUUUUAGGGAGCUGUGUUUGAUCCAGGUAUAGCUAGACAAGAGCAUGUGAACUGGAAGGUAAACAGGGAGAAAUGAAUUAACAGGAAGAAAUAGUAAAAUUGGACAGUUUGUUUUCAUUAUGGAAACUGUGUGAGAAACCAGAAAUAAAAUCUCCACAGUGCCCCAAAUCCCUUCUAUGACUUUUUAAACUGAAUUAGCAUUUUAAAUCCUGAUUUUUAAAACUAAAGCUCUAAUUGUAUAAAAAUGAUUUUAAUGUAAUUAAUAACCUGACAGUGCCAUUAACGGGGAAAGAGUUAGAAACAUAACUGUGUUUUUCUCCUGGUGUUGAAGUAAGCUCUGCUUAGGACUAAUUCUCCUUGCAGUCACAGUCAAUUAUUUUGUAAAUGGGGAGAUUGAGCAAAGCCAUUCGAAGCUGCUUGGUGUUGCUUUUCAGUGAUGGGGAGAGCAUGUUUGCUGAAAAGUGGGGCCUGGAGGCUUCUAAUGAGAAUUUCAAGGAUGCAAGAUUUUCUAGUUAGAUAGUUCAGGAAGGAGCACACAGGAGCACACAGGCAUACAGAUUCUCAGUGUGAAGGUUCCUAGUAGCACUGUCCUCCCAAAAGAUGCCAUGGCUAUAUGUUGAAACAGGCAUUUGGACUGUGUGCUUAGCCACAUUCCAGAGGAUUUUCUACAGGCACCAUCUGUCACUUGUGGUGUCCUAUUUCUGUCUUGGUUCUAUGUCUCCUUAAACUGGGUACCUUGAAAAAUAUGAUUGUCCAUAUAUGACAAAAAUUACCAUUUUUCCCACUCAAGGAGCACAUCUUGUGAACCAGUCCUGAGAUAAUUUGUUUCAUUAGCCACCUUUCCACAUCAUAUCCUUGGAAUCCUAAAAGAGCUGAAUCCUAAAAGACCUCCCUAGAGCUGCCAGUUACCUUAGGAAUUUAAUAUGCUUGUAUGUUGAUGUGAUCAUCAAAGGGCAAGGUGAUAUUCACAGUGGCAGAUGAGGUGCUCCUGAAAGGUGAAGGGGGCCUGAUCUCUGCACUUUCCCUCUGGUUCUUCUUUGUUGGUGUCAUCACACACAAAUAAUUUAAUGUCAUAUAAUAUUAGAAGCUCCUUGUCUUAAUUCUUGGUGACGGCAAGCCUAUCAGUCUCUACUAACAAAACUCUUCGCUGUCACAUCUGUCUGUCUUGAGCAGGUAUCUUCAAAUGUUGAGCACUGUGGAAUUGCAUUAAUGCAUUUUUAAUAUGUGUUCUGGCAUCUAAGAAAGGUACAUUUCACGUAAAGGUAUUUCAAAGGUUCUGAGAGGAUCCCAGCCAGCAUGGGUAGUUUCUGUCAUUAGCCAGGCUUGCAACUUACACUGAUAUUCCAGUCAAGUACAGCUGCUAGGUAGUUCUGUAGUAACAUCCAUUUACAUGCAUGAGUGGAUGCAUGAAGUACACAUGGAAGUGUUGCAGAGAUAUGACAGUGCUCUGCAUAACUCAUAUAUAUGUGUCUAAAUGGCAGUUUGUAGCAAAGAGCUGAAACACAUGAUUUCCACUCAAUCCAAACCUAUAUUCAAUAGAAAAUGAAAACAUCUAAUGUGGUUUGCAUGGCUUUAGGUAAAAAGUGGUGUGUACUCAGUACUUUCUGCCCUUUGUUUCCCCUUCUUCCCGUUCAUUCCACAGGAAAGUCCAUCAUCUUUGCAAUCAUAUAGAUAUUUAGGGACUUAAGGCAUAUGCUGUGCUUUAAACAGUACUUUAGGCCCCUUGGAGAUUCUUGUUCUUGUAGCAUUUACAUGUAAGUCUACAGAUGAUUUGCUUGGAGGGAAAUUGCUCCUCAUAUAAAAGUGAUCCUCACAUUGAUCAUGGGUAGGCUUUUAUAUGCCAUACCUAUGAACGUCAUUCUCUUGCCAGUAUUUGUGUGGAUGUGUAUAGUAGAUAUGUCGUAUCUAGUUCGUAGUGUGUAUGUGAGAGCACACCUGUACAUAGAGAUGUAUAUACAUACCCUGGUUUUGCUCAAUAUAAUGAUGCCAACUUGUGUGUAGAGCCAAAAAAACUUAAAACUAUACAGUGCUUGAGAUGCUGCAUUGUUUUUAUUAUAGUAUUUUUUAUAUCAGAUGAAUUGCAGGAUGUUUACAGUUGCUUAUUAAUAUUUAACUUAUACAAUGGGGUGGCAGGAUGUUUAUGAUCGUUGUCAGCUAAAGAAUUGUAUGUGAUUCUGGGUAAAAUUUUGGCUUUUUUGAAAUCCUUGGCAAAACUCCCAUUGAUCUCACUGGGGCCAAGAUUAAACCCCUCUGAAUCUAUUGUUUACUGGCUAUUUUCCUACUGUGAUAAUUUUUUAAUGAGUGAAAUGUAUUUAUUUUUUCCCAAUGUGAAAUCUGCAGUUUCUAUUUGGAUUUUUCUAUGGAACCUGCAAACUACAACACAGGUGGGAAUAUAUGCCUAAGAGAAUGUACAGAGUUUUUCAUUGAUCUGGUCCUUGAAUAUGUCUAAGAAAAUACCUUCUAAAAUAACUUUUGUAAGAUUUAAUACAGAAUCAUCUAAAAAGAGAUCACCUUUCAUGCCACUCUCCACAAAGAGGGAAUGCAAUGUGGCAGGUAAAUGUGAAGUAUUCACUGAUGAAUGAAAAGUAGUCCUGUCUGUUUUCUGUACUUACUGAUCUCACCUGUCUCUGCAGAUCUGGUAUGAGACACUUGAAGUACCUUAUCCUAAAGUAUCUUAUUGGGGAAAAAAAUGUUACAUAGUAAGUAUGUGGCUUUAAGCUUUUCAUCAAGACUUGGAGGUAUCUUCAGAACCAGUGCAUUGAAUGAUUUUUAAUAUUCCGUGGAUCAGUUAAAAUUAUGAAAAUGUUAAGUGGAAAGGCAAGUCAGACAACUGCUUGACAUUAGAGAAAUCAUUUGUCUGAAGGCAGAAGGAUCAGUUCUUUAAUAGCACAAGGGAGAAAAAUAUCAUAAUGCAGCGCUUCCUAAAUCCCUUUUCAGGGUAUCUUCUAAUUAUGUAUGCUCAAAGUGUAUUCUUCCUGUAUAAAAACCAUAUGGCUGUGAAACAGCCAAGUAGAUGCAUCCUAAUUUCUUCACCUAAGGCUAAAAUACAAUUUUCAAACAGGAGCUGUCAUGCACUUUGAAAUAUAUGUGUUGGGAACAGGUAAGUUUAUAUUUAUCAUAGAUAGUCAUCCCAGGGAUAGUCGGACUCGUAAAAUGAGGUAGUUAUGUCAAAGUUAUCAGAAGCUGAAGAAAUAACAGAGCAGACACCAGACACCUUCCUUCAUGAGGCUCUUUCUGAAGACAUCUGUGCAAAUGCCCACCACUUCUGGGAAUCUUUCCCUAUAAUUUAGUUUAAGGAAGGAUCAUAUUCAGAUUCCUAUCCUUCCCCUUGCUAAUAAGCAGGAAGUAUGCACCUUGGUUGAACUUUCUAGGAGUUUGUUGGCUGUAGAAACAGCCUCAAAAGAAUAAACAUUUAAGGCAAUCAGUAGGCUUGCUAAGGAUACACAGGGCUCUGUCUGGGCUCAUUAGUCUGCUAAUGUGGAUCUGAUCACAGAUUAGUGGGGAAAAAGUUCCUAUGGUGCUCCUGCCUCACUUGGUGGCAAGGUUUCGUGGUCGUUAGUGGGGCCAGACGCCAGCAGACAUCUUUCCUUUUGCGUGUUGGUUGCCUUUCUGCAAUUCUAAUCAGGACUGGAGCUCAGGACACACCUUUAUUUGUCUGCAAGGCCAUGUGAUAUCAGAGGAAAUGAGGAGGAAGUGGCUGAAGGUCUGGAUUCUGCCUUUGGUUUCCUGCCAGUGGAGCUGGUGUAAGGCUGGGGGCAGCGUAGUUAACCUCUGAGUGCCUCACUUUCUCCGCCCAAGGGAAUAGGGAUGCUCACCACCUCUGUACAGCCCCCUCGAGUCCUGUAGGAGAGCAGUGUUAUAUAAACCGCUGAGUUUUACCCACACUAUUAUAUGUAGUAAAAAUAAAUUACUUCUGUCCAUAACACUGCAAGAAUUGCUUUUCCUAGUUCCAGUUCUCUUUGAUGAGCUACUACAUCCUGGGUAGUCAGUUUUGAAGCUUAGCAAUUGCUCUAAUACUUAGAAUUACACACAUAGCAGGCUCUGUUUGCUGCAGAAAAGAGUAAAACUUUAAACUGCCUGACAAAACUUGCCAAUGAAGUAUAUCUAACAGAGCAGGGGUGUAACUUUUGGCUUUAUUUACUUGUAAUAAUGGUAAGGAACAGUGAAUUUUGUUUGUUUACAUACUGUUUACAAUGGCACAGUUUUAUUUUUAAUAUAUAAAAACAAUUGAGGUAUUUAUUGCAUAUACUAUUUUAAAGAUGUUUUAUGUGUUUUCACCUUUGGAAUAUAUUGUUACAUUUCCUUGUACAGAUAAUUUGGGUGGCUUUGUUAAUAUAGUUAGUAAUUUUUAUGACUACUAAGUGACCAGUUUUCCGUGCCUUUUUAUUGUUGGAUGCAUGAUUACAUAUUUAUUAUUGUAUGGAAGUCACUGAGAUGUGUAUUUUUGUAUUCUGCUGGAAGCAAUGGUUGAUUUUAUUGUACCUGAUAAGAGAUGCCCUCCAUAACAGGCACUCGUAUGAGAUCUUCCUUCUCAAAUAAACAGAAUGCAUUCAAUGUA